GUGUCAAAAAUUGCAGAAUUGGUUUAUUAUGUUUGUGUAGUGUUGUUGUUUGUCAGAGCGAAGCUGCUGUCAAUAAAAAAAAAACAUUCAUUUCAUUUUAUGAUUUUGCUUACCAUAAUUUAGUUUUAUUCGUGGAGUGCGCGUCUUCGUUGGUCAAGUUCUCGAGAUUUUCAUAAAUAAGAGGUUUUGGGCGAGGUUCUCAAUACUUUCAAAAUGCAGACUUCAGAUGUAAUAUCAUCUUUGUUUUGGUUUAAAAACGACAGUGAUGUGGACGACGAACAAGAACCGCAGAUAUUAGAACAGUUUGUUCAUAAUGUUGAAGAUUUUAGUUCGCAGUAUGGCAGUGAAAUCAGUGUUUCUUAUACUGCUUUUAACCUACGAGGGCCUCCUUCUAAUUUUCCUGACUACGGCGACUAUCCACAAGCCUUCGUUAUGGUAAAAAGAACCUAUGGCACUUGGUGGGAAGAGGCCCCAUCGGCCCAACAAGAUUAUAUGCCACAGAAUGCAAGUUCUAUUACCAGUCAAGAUUUUGUAGAAGUGUCCUUCGAAAAGGCAGUUUACCCACUUGAAGUGUCGAUCUUCGAGACCUACAACCCCGGUGCUCUGGUCCGCAUUUGGGCGUUAGGACCAACAGCCUGGAUGUUGUUAUGGGAAGGUGAACCGGAGUAUGUUGGAGACACGCCGAGAAUAUUCAGCCCUCCGAUACGGCAGCUUAAUGUACCGACACGAAUUCUAAGGCUGGAGUUCAACCACAAACUUCUUCCCUACUAUACGGAGUUGGAUGCAGUAUUGCUCAGAGGCAAACAGCCCCCGAACUUGGUGAAGAACAUGAGGAACAAUUUCUCGUACUCAUCGCUGUUUUAUAAGAAAACACAGCCUGUUGUUGAAAAGGGUCAGCUGCUGAACAGGAUAAUCGCGUCAAACCUUCAUGAGACUUUGGUACCUCAAAUUGUUGAGCCUCGAAAUUUGAAGCAGAUUGAUACUGGACCACCGCUUGGCGACUUCCAGAGAUUACCGGAUGAAACUAUACUCUGUGUGAUGAAGUACUUGGACAUCCAAUCCUUAUGCCGUUGCGCUCAAGUGAACAGGCAUUUCAACCGACUCGCUUCAGACGCCAUACUGUAUAGAAGCAUAGACCUCAGGCCUUAUUGGCAUUGUGUGCAAUCACAGGUGCUGAUAACCCUCUCAAUGCGUUGCAAAUUCCUUCAGAAACUCGAUCUUUCUUGGUGCGGCAGUCAUCGCAUGAUCCAGCCUAAUUACGUAGUCAAUUUCCUGAAAGACAGCGGCGCAGAAUUAACACAUUUGCGCAUGAAUUGCUGCAAAUUCGUUGACAACACCGUGCUAAGAGCCAUCGUUGACACCUCUACUUGUUUACAAGAGCUAUGCCUCCGAUCAGUAGUAGGCUGUUCAGACUGGAUAUGCCUAUCAGCUCUAAAAAGGCUCAAACGCUUGGAUCUAUACAGAACUGAUAUCACCACGGCUGCUGCCGUCGCCAUCAUCAGGUCGAACCCGGGACUGAGACAUCUUAAUGUUGGUUCAUGCAAAAUGAUAUCAUCUAUGGACGAAGUAGCGAUAGCUCUCGGCGCGAACUGUCCUAAUCUAGUGUCAGUUGAUUUCUGGAAAUCAUACUCUCUAACUCCUAAUGGAAUUAGAGCGCUUGGCAACUGUAAGAAACUUCAAGAGCUCGAUGUUGGCUGGUGCUUACAAGCAGGCGGGUCGGGCGAGUGGCUGGCGUGGUUGGCCGGCGCCGAGCUGCGCAAGCUAUUCCUCGGAGCCCUACGAGGUGUCUGCGACCGCGACCUCAGGGCUCUGCUGCCGAGGGCUCCUAAGUUGGCGCAGUUAGAUUUGCUAGGAGUGCGGGCUGUUACACCUGAUAUUUGUGACGCGAUCCUGGCGGAAUGCAGGGACCUCAGACUCCUGGAUGUCAGUUUCUGUGAUCAAAUUCAAGAAUCACAGGUGUUAGAAUGGCGCGAGCAGUAUCCCCAUGUAAGCAUAAAGCGCUCCUUCCAGUCAGCUAAUUUGAAUACAGCGCCCAAUCCAUUGUUUUUGGCACCGAGUUUAGAAUAAAAUUAAAAUUACAAAAAUCCAAUUCCAAGGAUAAAUUUAAAUAUCAAAAUAAAAAGUGUCGAAAAUGUCAUAUUGGAUGUAGAAUGACGCCUGGUUUUACCAAUAUCCGUCUGAUUAAGGUAAACAACAGUUUAUAUAAUUAAGAACUUUUUCACUGAUAAUAUAAAUGUUAGUUUUUCAUUGUGAAAUUGUCCCGUAAUAUUUAUGUUGAAAGGUGUCAUUUGUUUGUGCAUAAAUAGACAGGCAUUCCAUGCAUAUUGUAAUAUUUUAAAAGACAGAAUACAUGUAUGUAUACUACGGAAGACCCUAAAGUUAUUGAUUCAUAUUCACAUUUAGUACUGCUUACGGCUAAUAGUAUUUUUUGGGAUAGUUGAAGUCUCAGCUAAGAAUAAUAUUGGUACCUAAGUGAUAAUAUAAAAAUGUUAAAUUACAACAGCAGCAGCUAUAAAACUUACUGAACAAACCUCUAUUUCAAUAUAAUGUGAUUAACAUUAUUUACAAAGAAUACGCAAGAAAUAAUAUAAACAUAACUUUCAUUGAUUGCUUAAUAAAUUUUAUUUUGUAUAUUUAUUCAUAAUUCAGAUUUAAUUUUGUAUAAUUCUCGAAUAUAUUACCUGAUUUUAUGACGGAUACACGUACUGAGUUUUGGGAAGUGAACCAAAAAUGUAAUUUUAAACAAAAUUGAUCUUUUAUUUGGCUUUAAACACUAAAAAGACUGAUUAAAAUAAUAAACACAACUCCUCUGAAUGGAUUAUGCAUUUAAAUGAGUAUUGAGGUUUUUUUCGAUGGACGAAGGAAAGAUAGCGGAGAUGCCAUAAGGAAGGCAGGUAGUUCAAGCAACGUACGGUAGGCUUGAUCAGUUCAUUGGAGAUAUUAUUUUGAUAAAAAUGGGCGGAUUCUAAGGAAAACGUAUAAAUACUGAGGACUAAUACUUUCUUAGGAGCUUUUGCAUUAUGACAUCUCCGCUACUCAUUUUGUUCUCGAUAGUUAUUUCGCAAAUUUUUGUGUGCGUUGGAUAAAUAAUUUCGACGCCAUCUUGACUUGACAGCUAAACGUGAUUUUUGCUAGAUGAUUUAAAGAUAUUGUACAUUCGAUGCAUAUGCGUUGCAGGCUUUUUAUAAAUACUGCAUUCGAAUCUUAGAAUAUUUAAAAAUUUUUGAUUUGAUUUGAUUGAUUUGAUUUGAUUUUGUAUUGUUUGCUCAUUUUCUGUUCUCUGACAGAAAGUCCUGAAUACAUUUUUUGCGUAUAUGAAAUUACAACGUAUACAUUUAUUAACGUCUAGUUACCUAUGUAGGAAACUAGAUGUGUCAUGUAGCUAUAUGUACCUACGUAACUAUAUAGAUAGUAGUAGUAUAUAGAAGUAUGGUAGCUUCUAGAUGCAUUAUAUUUUAUAAGCAGUAGAUAUAAUGACUGUAGAAAUACUUUGGCAAUUAUACAUGAUGCAAACAGGAUUUGAGGGAACUAUUGCCUUAUUGAAGAGACAAAAGAAAAGACAAAAAUACUAUAUUUUUUUACGAUUCAGCAAUGCUGACAACAUUGGAUUCCUAUUUACCUAGUGUAUGCGUAAAUAUAUUUUUCUGUACUUGUCAAGUGUGACAUUGACAAAGUGAAUGUCCAAUAUUUCGAUAUAUUUUUGAACUCAUUUCAUUGGUACGAAUACCAAUGAAAUGAGUUCAAUUUGGCUAGUCUAUAAAGAAAUUGACAGUUUCAGCUUGCAACUGUAAUUAUUAACUAUACUAUAGCUAAGGGUCAAUCCCCACUGAAAGAGCAGCGGCCGGCAGCGGCCGAAAAUGCAAGUGAUUGAGCGCGAGCGCUCUAACAUUAUCCGUGCUCUUACGGCCGUUGCCGGCCGCUGCCGGCCGCUGGUCUUUCAGUGGGAAUUGACCCUAAUAAGUAUAUUCAUAGAUGACGUCAUAGUUCAACGAAGUGCACCUCGACUUGAAAAGAAGCUUGAGUGAUAACAUAGGUCUACAAAAUUUACCACGUAGCCACUCCAUGGUAAUAUGCCAAUUAUAUAAUAUAGAAAAGCUGCCGUAGCUGAAAAUUAUUGUGAUAAUGGAAACUCGUAUUAAAAUGAGAUUAAAAUGACUUUGUAUUGUAUACAAAAGUACAGAAUUUUAACUUCAUUCAUUAAUUUUGCAGCUCGUGCAUAUUUAAUGUAAGUAGGUCAGUCAAAGUGAUUCUGUCAAUUAACUUCGUUUUAUUUUGACGUCAUCGAAACAAUUAGCGCUGGGUGCAUAAUAUGGUCUUAGCAUAAUAUUUCCUUAAUAUUUUGGAAAUGUUUACAUGAAAUAUAUGAUGAUGAUAUUUACAUAUUUUUGCAAACUUUUUAGCUCUUUAAGAGUAAUUAAUAUAUGUCUAAGAUUACUAAGACUUAUCGUAAUAUAUAUUUUAGUAUUAUUUUAAAAGACAAUGGACUUGUUGGGAGAGAAUUUCAUGAAUUUCGAUUUUGUGAAGUAUAUUUUUGACAAUUGUAAAGGGAGUCAGUGCAAUGGUGGCAAGUCCAAAAUUUCAGUCAUAGCAGCUAAGAUUGUAAUAGAAUUAACGAAAUAUAUAUUAGUUGUUCUUAAUAAAAGUGCUAUAAAUAAG